UAGGGAGGGUCGAAGCCCGUCUGAGGAAGUCCAAGAGGAGGAGAACUGUUCAAAAAUGUGAGAAAGGUCAUUACCGGGUGGUGUGGACUCCUUCCCAUAGAAAAAAGCACAGAGACGGAGGAAGAAAAGCUCUGAAGAAAAAAGAUUACAGAAGGAACUGAUGGCUUUGCAAAAUGACCCACCCCCAGGAAUGACUUUAAAUGAGAAGAGUGUGCAAAAUUCAAUUACACAAUGGAUUGUGGACAUGGAAGGCGCUCCUGGCACAUUAUAUGAAGGGGAGAAAUUUCAGCUUCUCUUCAAGUUCAGCAGUCGUUAUCCUUUUGAUUCACCUCAGGUUAUGUUCACUGGUGAAAAUAUUCCAGUUCAUCCUCACGUUUACAGCAAUGGACACAUUUGUCUAUCCAUUCUGACAGAAGACUGGUCUCCAGCUCUUUCUGUGCAGUCAGUUUGUCUUAGCAUCAUCAGCAUGCUUUCCAGUUGCAAAGAAAAGAGGCGGCCUCCUGAUAAUUCAUUUUAUGUAAGGACGUGUAAUAAAAAUCCAAAGAAAACAAAAUGGUGGUAUCAUGAUGAUACAUGUUGAUGGUUCAGAAUCUUGAUUUAGUAGAGGAAACAAGUACUGCUGAGUCCAAAAGCACUUUGAUCAGUCAAUCUUCAAACUUUAACAGGAACUUGCCGACAGGCACUGAAGACUACUUCCUUCACUGCAUUUCUACUGGUGUACAUCUGGGCACAUGCUGAUAACUGGUUAAGUCCCUGCAACUGAACCUAUUUGGUUUAUAAACAGUAUUAAUGCAGCACUUAGGAAGAAAUAUUUUAACAAUAACCCAUCUCUUUAGUUUUUUUUGUGAGGAGAUACCUUGUGAGGUAUCAACCCUUGUGGGGUUUGAAGCCCUCCUAUAUUGUGCAAUAAAUAGAUACUGAUGCAUGUUUGGAGACUUAAAACAAAGAAAUCCGUGCAAUAAGAGUUAUGGGAUCCAUUUUUUAAUUGACAUUUGCAAAUUUAUUAUUGUACGAAAUUUAAUGCAUUAUUGUCAUAUAGCAGGGUACGUUAAAACUUGUGGCAUGUUUAGCUGCAACAAAUUUCAUUUAAUGAAGCAUUCCAGAAUAGGAACAUUUUGAAUAAUUUGUUUCAUUUACAAAAAUAUAUUUAUUUUAUUGAGUUGAGCCAAAUUGCCUUUAGAGCAAUAUAUUCUUAGUCUGUAUUUUUCAGGGUCAUUGACUAGUCUUCAGUGUGGGCCCUUCUGCUCCAAUUCUCUUCAAAAUGGACAGUUUAAACUGGAACACAUCCAUUAUGUAUUGCUUCAUAUUAAUUUUUUUCUUCAGUGUCAUGUUUUUGUUAUCAUAGCUUCUAAUAUGAAAUAUAUUUUGAAUGAAAAGCUGUUUUUGUUGUAAUAUUGUCUUGUAAAUUAUUUUCAUUACACUUGUAGAUGACAACUUAUCUUUAGUUCUUUACAAUAUAAAAAGUACAAUUCAUCUUGAAGGAUACGAUUAAUGUUUUGAAAAUUGUUUUUUUUUAUUACUUAAAGGUGUUUAACAUGUGUUGCCGUGUUUUGUUUUUGGUUUAUUAGCUUCACUUGAUAAUGGAAAACAAAGAGCUAAUCUUUGCCAUACCAUUAUUUAUUAAUAAAAUUAAAGUCAGAGGUUGGAAUUUGAAGGUAAUUGUAAAAAUACAUGACUUGGAAAAUAAAUGCCGCUGUGGCAUUAUUAGUAAUAGCGAAAUUAGGGCUCAAAACUGGAAAACUAUUUCAGGGUGCAACCUUAAUCUCCAAAGAUAAUGAGGCAGACCAGAGAUGACAGUGACCUUUUUCCAAAGGAGUGCUGAUAUGUCUCAGAAAUGUAGCCCUUUGUGUGCUGAAUCGCCUUAGCAACAUUCACAAGAUUAUUUCAUUGACUCCUGUAAACGCAUUUGUAAAUUUUUAAUAUUACAAAAAUAAGAUAAGUAAGAAUACUUAUUUUCAUCCACAGUAACCUCCAUAAAUCUGACUAAGUAGUCUGUCGAAAGUUAUUUUUAGUAGUGCAGCAUAUCAACUACAUGGUUAUAUAACUGUGCACUAUCCCGUGCACUAUUCCAAAAUAAAGUUGUUCUGUAAGGGAAAGCAAUAUUUAAUUUUUUUGAUCUUUGCUUCAUUGAUUGGCCACUUGAAUUAAUGUUCCUGUUGUUGGAUUAAGUUAUCCAUAAACAACCUUUACUUGCAACAUUCAACUAGUUGGUCAGUGUACAGUCAGCAGCAAUUCUGAGAUGAUGAUGUGAAAAUUAUUUACAAACUGCUGUGCUUCAGUAGGAAGUGUAUACAUAUUGGUAUUGGCCAUUAUAUACUUAGAAAUCAAAAAAAUUUGUUGCAUAAUUAACACCAGCUCAUUAUUUACAUUUUUGGUCAAUUUUCUUAAAUUAUAAUUUCUUUAUCAUCACAGAUUUGUAAAAUUGGGACUCAAAUUUAGGCGAUUUCAGCAUCUCAGCAGAUGACCACUGUGAGAGCCCUUUCAGAAAAGUGGUGCGAAUUUUGUAUGAAGCUAUAACUUGUUAAUUUAAACAUUCUGUUUCCCCGUCUUCAUUUGUAUGAAGGUUGUGCAGCCUGCAGCAUUCUGGUAGAGGUUGAUCUUAGCAAAUAUCAUCACUUAAAAAUCUUACUAUUCAGGAUAUUAUUUCAAAAAAUUGGCCAAACACUUCCAUGUACGAUUUGCGAUGAAAUCCCUUUGGGAAUGAUACUAAGUUUUAACUACGUUUAGUUUGUCCGUUUUUUAAAAAAGAACACCAGCUAAUUGAUGCUGUGACCUGAAUGUAACCUAUAUAUUUGUACAGUCUUGCACUUGCAAAAGUUUUAACAAAAUACUGCAUUUACCACUUGUUAAUACCAUUGGAGGUGGAAGAAAAUCUUAAGGUACAGAGUGUUUAUUUGGCACUGUUAUAAGUCAAAGUUAUACACUGUUUACUUAUAUCUAUAUAUUCUGAUCAUUGUACUGUGGGGAAAAUAAAUAACAAUGAAUUGGCCAAGGAAAAAAUAAAUUUUAGUUUUAUAAGGCACUUAAAUAACAUUUAUUAAUGAAUAACAAUACAGUAUUCUGCAAAGCAUCAUUUUCACUUCUGUACACUUCUGAACUCUAUGAAUGAGAAUUUUGGUAUGUUGUGAGUAAAUCCUCAUGUAGAAUAUUCAUAAUUUUAUAGAAACCUGGCAGUUCUUCAGAGGUCUUGUGUUUAUUCCGCUUGGUUCUUUCUUGCCUAUGGAAAAACAUUAAUGGACUGAUUUCUGCUGAGUAAGGUAGCUACUAAGGAAUUGCAUACUUGGUUGGGUUACUGGCCUGAGCUACAUCAUUAUGAUCUGAAUGGUGCCGGAUUAGUCUACGCUCUCCAUAUUCCUCACUACUAGCAUAUGAAAAUCUGAAUUUAUCCAGAAUUUGAAGCCUGACCCAUGAAACUUGCUAUGCAAAUUCCAGUUUGUUUGUACCCACAGUAUUUGUGAUAAUGUUAUUUUGUUUGUUUUUGUCUAGAUGCAAGGAGGAGGUGUGAGAUUGUUACUAUGUAAACAAUAUAUAGAGAUGACUAGAUGCUCCCAAUUCAAUUUAAGGAUCUGUGUGCACAUCUGUGCAAUUUCUGGCUUUGCCAUGUUUCCAUUUAUUAACCUGUGUCUUAUUUCUGUUUUACAUUUAUUUGCACUUUUAUGUUAUUAUUCUUAAAGGCGUUGCGUGUAAGUGUGUAUAUGAUGCAUUCAAUGCAUUUUAAUGUAAAAGUAAUUCAAUUACCUACACAUCUGAUUAGAUAAAUCCUCUGCAGCAAAAUACCCCAGUGAUGUUUUAGUUGCUAUUGGUCGUGCAGAUUAGAAAGAGACAAGAUCAUGCCAGUUGAACUAAGAUGCCAUUAGGAGCUAACAAUAUUUCACAUUUGGGGAAAUGGUGAAACCAGCUGGAUGGCCCUGUGUACUAUUGCUGACCUAUUCAUCAGUAAUCCCUGGAAAUCCAGAUUAGGCUCACCCCUGUGAUGUUCAUUGGUGAAUCACCCACCAGAUACGUUUAAACUGGACUUUUAAAGAAAUAGGUUGUUCUUCAAUUCAGGAUGAGUCAUGGCCUUGAAGAGAAGGAAAUUACUGAUAUUUUGCAUUAAUUACAAUAUUAACAUUGCAAAAUAAGCAAUAGUAAUUAACUGCUAUACUACUGAAACAUUUAAUUGGUCAAGAUAUCUACACAAAGCUCUAAAAAUACUUUAUCCCAACUGUCUGCAUGUGUUUUUCUGUGGGUACAGUCAUUCUGAAUGCAUAAUAGUUGCCAAAACAUGACAAUACACAGUUCCCAAAUAUAUUUGGAUUGCCUGCAGUCACUAAAGCAUAGGUGAAAAAAAAAAUGUUUUGCUUAAAUAUUCCGAUGCCUGGAAUUGAGCAAUACAUACAGGGGAUGUUAUAAAAUGAUAUUCCCAUUCUGGGAUAAGCCAUUCGAUUCUUAUUGCAGAAGUGGUUUUGCAAUGAGAUUGUGUUUGAGUUUUUGAAAUUCGGGGGCAGGAGCAGUGGUGGAUUUGGUAGGGGGUGGUAGCGGUACCUGGUUCAGCUGACAAUGGUGAUAAAUCACCAGUGCUCCCAUACAGUCAAAGAAAAACGCAGGUUGUUGGGAACUAGUGAAUUUUAGAUGACGUAGGAUUAGCUUUGGCAAGAUUGCCCACAUAGACAUAAAUUGCACACUUCAGAGGGAAGAGUGAAGGAAGAAAUAUCCACUGUGAUAAUAGGAGAUUCUCUGGUUCUUGCAUAUUUUUCUAAUGGUUUUUUCCUGAUUUACUUUAUUUUAGUCCUGUCAUUUCUAUAAAUGUGAACUUUGCUAUUUUUUACUCAGUGGAAAUAAGAUGUCUGACGUACUGUCCUGGGAACUUCUGUGAACAUGUUCUCUAAUGUCUGAUCAUCUGAGUUUUUUAUUUUUUGACUGGUCAUUUUUACCAUCAAUCUUAUCAGGGCAGAUUCAUAAUCUUACAGAAAUUGUGCUCCCUUUAAAAGAAAAAGUUUAUUUCUUAUGCAAGGACAAUGACAUUCAACCUAGUUGUUUUAAAAAAUAAUAAAAGUUAACUUUAAAAUCUUAA